CCGAAAUACGUUAACCCUUGUUUUCUAUCACUUGUGAUCAGUUUCAUUAUAUUUAAUUCCUGCAUUUACCUUUUCACAGAUUUAAUGACAAAGAACCAUCAACCGAUGGGAUAGUAUUGAGAACAGCAUUUCAAGCUACUAACGUUGAUUGUAGUGAGUGGGAAGAGGAAGAGGAAAUUGACGAUUGUAAUCGGAUCAAACAGAUACGUGAUAAUGCAAUAGAAGAUAAAGUUGCUGAGAAAUUGAAAUUUAUAGGAAAGCAAAUAGCAGCAGGCGAACCAAUACAUGAACCAGCAGCUGAACAGAUACCUGAACCAACAGUUGAACCAGAUGAAAUGACGGAAGGAACUGCAACAGAAAAAAGUGAAGCUUGUCAAUAUGAAGAUUCUUCAUCUAAGAUCCAGAGUACAAGUAGUGACAACGAUUCAUUUGAGAACCAGAGUACAAGUAGUGACGAUGAUUCAUCAAGUAGUGACGAUGAUUCAUCAAGUAGUGACAACAGCUCAACAGAAGAGCUUCCAAGUGAAACUCAACACAGAAUUAUUAACCGAAUGUUGAAACCGGAUGAGAAAAAAUCAGGGGAGACUGGAAAUGAAGAUAUGACUUACAUUUGGGACUUUGCUGGCCAGCAGCUCUACUACAUCACACAUAGAAUAUUCCUAACGAGCAAGGUGGUGUAUUUGAUUUUGUUUAGCUUGAUAGAAUGUAUGUACGAAAAAGGGAAGCGUAGGAUACAUGGAGAGGAAAGUGAUGUGAUGACAUACGAUAUGACAAAUAUAGAGAUUAUCAAAUACUGGAUGAGGUUGAUAUAUACGUACGCUAUCCCAGUUGAGACACAAGAUCAACAGCUACGAGCCAAGAAACCCCAAAUUGUGCUGGUUGGUACCCACAGCGAGAGCCUAGAAGGGACCAGUGAUGACAAGAAGAAACAGAUUAAAGAACAGUUUAAAAUAAUAUUCAAUGAAAUCAAAGGCACUCCAUAUGAAGGUCACGUGGUGAGGGAAAUGUAUGCCAUCGACAACAAGUUUCCAUUGAAAAGUGUGAUGCUGAAGACUCUCAAACAAGAUGUCGGCGGAUUUCUCAAAGCGAUGCCCAAAACAAUUCCGCUUAAGUGGCUUGAUUUCCAAAGUCAAAUCCAGGAGAUUGGUAGGACAGCAAUACGGAUGACUUAUGUUAAGGUUUGUGAAGUUGCCACUAAGUGCGGAAUUUCUGUGGAGAACCUCAUUCACAUCCUCAAUUACCUACAUGAUCUUGGAAUCAUUCUGUACUUUGAGAACAACAGAAUACUGAGGCAUACAGUGAUAACAAACCCACGGAAGCUGAUUGAAAUCUUCAAGAAAAUCAUCACAGUGGUGGAACCUUAUGACAGUGAUAAGUGGCCUAAAAUGAUGACACUUUGGAAUAAACUUGAUGAUGAAGGUAUCUUGGAGGAGGAUUUAGUCAGACAUCUUUGGAGAGAUGAGGUCAGCCAAGAUGAAAGUAGCUUUGAGGUCUUCUUGGAACUCAUGAAGCAGUUUGGACUUCUCUGUGAGCAAAAGAAUGUGGAAAGCAGACAACGCUCAUUUUUUGUGCCCUGUCGAUUGAAGCGUAGCAAAGAGAGUUUGUCUAUCAAACCGGACACGGAUGGGAUGGUAUCUAUCUAUAUGGCCUCCGAGGAUUUCAUCCCCGAUAGUAUCUUCCACCCUUUAGUUGUCAGCUUGAUUAGAAUGGUGCAAGACAUGGGUUACACGGCUAAACUAGAGUUAUUCAGCAACAAUGCAAUCAUCGCUCUAGGACGUGAUCACAUUCUCAGCCUAGGACCAGUAGUUAUUAAUAAUAAACCCUCCUUAAAGCUUGAAGUAUUACACAAGCCUAUAGAUCAAGAGGGAGAUACUAAUGUGGCAGCGUGUGAACCCAGUCCAAGAGUCUGUAUGCAGGUACAUUAUAUUUAUGUAAUAAAAUCCUGUGGUUAA